AUGGCCAGGUCCAUGAUGGUGGGCGCGAUUAGCAAGGCCGCCUCCGCCGCCGCGGACGAGAUGAGCCUCCUGAUGGGUGUGCGCAAGGAUAUCUGGUUCAUCAAAGACGAGCUAGCAACGAUGCAGGCUUUCCUGGUGGCCGCUGAAGAUAUGAAGAAGAAAGACUUGUUACUCAAGGUGUGGGCAGAGCAAGUAAGGGAGCUAUCAUACAAUAUUGAAGAUUGCCUUGGUGAAUUCAUGGUGCAUGUGGCAAGUCAAAGCUUGUCGCAGAAGCUUAUGAAGCUCAAAGACCGACAUCGAAUCGCGGUGCAAAUCCGCGAUCUCAAAUCAAGAGUUGAAGAAGUCAGCAACAGGAACACACGCUACAACUUGAUUGAGAAGAACCAAAUUACCAGAACAAAUGAUGAGAGGGAUUCUUGCAUGGAAGAUAUUCGCAACCAUUCUGCUAGCAACAUGGAUGAAGCAGGACUUGUGGGGUUUUCCAAGCCCAAACAAGAGUUGAUAAAGCUUAUAGAUGUCCAUGCCAAAAAUGGUCCUGCUCAGGUAGUAUGCGUCGUCGGCAUGGGCGGUUUGGGUAAGACUACUCUUACAGGGAAGGUUUAUGAAAGUGUGGAGAACUUUUCAUGUUGUGCUUGGAUCAUUGUCUCGCAAUCAUUUGUCAGGAUGGAGCUUCUCAAGGUUAUGAUCAAAGAAUUUUUUGGCAAGGAAGCAUUGAAGAAGCAACUUGAAGGUAAUGUAGUGCGAGAAGAGGACCUCGCCAACUAUCUGAGGAAAGAGCUGCUUGAAAAGAGGUACUUUGUUGUACUUGAUGAUUUGUGGAACAUCGAUGAUUGGAACUGGAUAAAAAAUAUCGCUUUUCCGAGUAGUAACAACAAAGGUAGUCGAAUAUUGGUAACAACACGAGAUGUUGGUUUAGCUAAGAAGUGCUCAUUGGAGUCUUCCAUACCACUUAUCUACCACCAUAAACCCCUAGAAACAAAUGAUGCCAUAUAUUUGCUAUUAAGGAAAACUAGGAGAAGUGAGAAGGACAUGGAAAAUGAUGUGAAAAUGAGGGAAAUAGUUACCAAGAUAGUCAAAAAGUCAGGACUGUUACCACUAGCUAUUCUCACAAUAGGAGGCAUGCUUGCCACUAGAGAGGUUAGUGAAUGGCAAAGUAUUUACAACCAGAUCCCCUUAGAGCUAGAGAGCAACCGAAGUCUUGAAGCAAUGAGGAGGAUGGUUACCCUAAGUUACAACCACUUGCCUUCUCACCUGAAGUCAUGUUUUCUAUAUUUAAGCAUAUUUCCUGAGGAUUUUGAAAUCCAAAGGAGGCGUGUGGUAGAAAGAUGGAUAGCCGAGGGGUUUGUUAUCGUCAGGGAUGGGCUAAGUGCCGAGGAGGUUGGGAAUAGUUACUUUGAUGAUCUAGUCAACCGAAGCAUGAUUCAGCCAUCAGGAGUGAACAUAGAAGGGGUUGUAAAGAGCUGCCGAGUCCAUGAUAUCGUUCGCGAUGUCAUGAUAGCAAUUUCUAGGGAUGAGAAUUUUGUGUACGUGGCAGGGAAUAAUUUGAGUAGUGUUGUAAAUAAGACCUUCCGCCAUGUAGCAUGCCAUGGUAUCAUGUGCCAAAAUAUCGGCAUGGACUGGAGCCACGUCCGGUCACUAACUGCGUUUGGUGAGAGAUCAUUGGGGCCAUCACCAUCAGUUUGUUCACCUGACAUGCGAAUGCUCCGGGCCUUGGAUCUAGAGAAUGCACAGUUUCAAGUCACACAAAAGGAUAUCAGCAACACAGGAUUGUUGCGCCACUUGAAGUAUCUGAAUUUUUCUAGCCCUCAAAGCUAUUCGCAUAUUUAUAAACUUCCUAGAUCCAUAGGGAAAUUACAAGGCUUGCGUACUUUGAACAUAACAGACAGUUAUAUUACAGAACUGCCAAAUGAGAUUAGUAAGCUCAAGAGUCUGCACAGUCUCCAUUGUAACAGAAAUAGUUCCUAUGAAAGGUUUGACCUGGAUAACCCCAAGGAAUGCUUGCUGGCCAUAUCUUGUCUGCCCAUGCAGUUCCUACCUUCGGUUGAUCCUAGUGAGCGUGUUGAGGUAGUUGCUGAGCUACAUAUGGCAUGGUCUAGCCGUUGGUCAAAGUCAGUUGGUGUGAGGGUGCCAAAAGGAAUCGGCAAACUGAAAGAGCUGCAAAUACUAGAGGUUGUGGACAUCAGCCGAACUAGUGGCAAGGCAAUUAAGGAGCUAGGUGAGCUUGUGCAACUGAGAAAACUGAGCGUGGUAAUACAAGGGGCCACCAAGCAAAAAUGCAAUGUACUGUGUGAUGCCAUUCAGAAGCUCACUUGCCUCCGGUCCCUUUCAGUGGGUGGUGCACUCGAGUGGCUGCAUGUUGUCUCCUCUCCUCCUCCUCUGUUGAGGAAUCUGAAGUUGGAUGGAUGUCUUGGAGAGAUUCCUGGCUGGGUUGGCAAUCUGAUGCAUUUGGUGAAGCUUUGCUUAAGGCGCAGCGUAAUAAAGGAAGAAGGUAAAAUCAUGGAAUUACUUGGGCAACUUCCCAACCUCAUGCACCUUCGUCUUCGUUGGCACUCUUAUAUUGGGAAGAAGUUAGCGUUCAAAACGGGAGCAUUCCCAAAUCUCAAGAAGCUUGAAAUUGAUUAUCUGAGAGAACUGAGAGAGUUGAAAUUUGAGGUUGGCACCUCACCCCAGCUGGCAAUGAUAGAUAUCAGUCGGUGCAAUUUGGCAUCAGGAAUUAUUGGAAUCAACCAACUUCCAAUGCUCAAGGAGAUCUCACUUGGUGCCCGUGGUCGAGUGGAGAAGUUUGCUCUGCUGCAACGUGAAGUGGACGCACACCCCAACAAUCCCGUGCUGCGACUGUUCGAGGAACCGAGCAAGCACGACCUGGGUGACAUUGUCCAAGGAUCCACUAGUGUAGUACAUGUGGAUGAAGCAACGGAGGGGGAGGAAUCAUCAUCUCUCCAUCCCGAGCAUGCAGCAGAGGGGGAGACGAAGGGGAGCGACAGGUCAGUAGUCAUCUUCUCUUUGGGGUGUAGCAGGCAAGACCCUGACAUAUGGGAGGUCGAGGGCUCUGCUUCGGUGGAAGACGAUUUCUGGUCCUGCAAUUCCGACGACGACGAUGCUUGA